AUGUGCCCACUGGCCGGAGGCAGUCAAGCAGUGAAUGAACUUCAGGUGUUUCUCCGGGCAGUUAGUGCAACGCAGCGGCGCUGGGCAAAGCGAAUUGCUACACAAGAAGCCAAGGUGCGACGUCUUAUGAUUUUUGAGGAAAAUUGUCGGAAGAAACUCCGGAAAAGUGUCCUUAGGUCUACUAAUGAACAGUUAAAAUAUCUUGUGAGUACCGACCCUUUGGGUAGCAUGGAAGUAAAACUUCCUCCCCGUGGUGCAUUUAGCGCUUUUAACAUUCCUGUUAAGCAAGCCAGUGGUUUUUCUGUGUUUGCGAUGGCAAGACUUCAUGCUUUUCCAGCAGCAGUGCCAGAAGUCUCACAGAUGAGCUUUAUUGCCGAUCUUCUAAGCGCAUGGGAGAUUCUGCCGCCUCGUAAGAAGGAGGAAUAUGAAGCUUUUGCGGAAAGCAUCAGAAACUCAAGUUCUGGUAGUUGUCUUGGGCAAAAUGAUGAUCAAUCAUCUACAGACUUAAUGGAUGAGGAUAACAGUACAUGGGAGUCUCGCGCAUACAGCAGCUUUCUUCGCGAAGGGCGGCAGCAACUGGAGGCUUCAGUGGGGCCACUUAAAGACUCUGAUUGGCUUUCAAUAGCGCCGAAGGAAUGGGAAAGUAUUACUCUGCGGCAGAAAAGGGUUUAUUCACGUCAAUAG